UGUCCUCAAUGCAAGAGAGUCUUAAGUGUUCCCGAAUCGCGUGUCGCUUCUGUGCGUGUGUAUUAGCGUCUAAUACAGAUCGUAUGUAUGUGUGAUAACAAAGAGGUCGAACACUUCUUCAGUAAAAAGUUAAAAUGACUGCUUUGAACAUGAAAGGACGUUUACUACUAUUUAUUGCAGCCAGUUUGGCCUGCGCAUGCGCAGAAACAUGUUAUGAAGGUAUGGACAGAUGUCGUGAUACGUACUAUGCAACCCCAGGGACAAUCACCUACCUACAGAACUACUACACAUGUGUUGAGAAACUUGUGUGUACCUAUCCCGGUGAAACUGAUCAGAAAGAUGCCCUACUACAAGCUUUGAAAAACUUGUUGGAAAACAACAAUAAGCCUAAUGACGUGGCAAUGAGUUCAGCCAGGUCACAUGAUUGGUCAAUUCUGCUACUUCUAGCGGCGCCAGUGACUGCCCUUGCAACGUUGAGAAUGAUGUAGCCUGUCGCGUGGACCAGAUUGAGCUACUCCUUCUUGUUCACCCUAGCACAACAGUCUAGCUGAGAGAAACAUAACUUACGUUCAAAAUCACCAGUCUGUUCGAUUUCAAUCUUUUUUUUUUUUUUGUAUUUUUGAUAAAACAAUUGUCUUGCAAAAGCUUGUCUUAUAGAAUUAGUUCUAGUGCGGAAAUGAAAUUAAAAUUUAUAGAACUUUG